AUGACUUCAGAGUAUCCACCAAACCUGUCGCCAUAUACUCUCAUGGAGAGUGGAUUCGGGACAUUUACUGCCCUCACUAAACGUCCAAAACCUAAGAAAGGUCCUGUAGUAAUACCUGAACCGGUAUGGAAUGAAAGUUUGGAUCCUGAUGAUUCCAAUGUUAAUUUAGCAAAAAACGUGCUUCAUGAGAUAGAACGUAGUGGUGGAACCAUUAAGCCUCCAAAGGGCCAUGACGUUGAAAAAGGAAACGGACCAGAAGAUAAAAAUAAGGAUGGUAGUGGUGAAGGCCCUGGAGACAAAGAUGGAGGUGGAGGACACGGAAAAGGUGGAGACAAAGAUGGAGGAGAGGGAGGUGAUGACAAAGGAGAAAAAGAGGGGUCUGGAAAUGAAGAUAAAGGGAAUGGUAAAGAAGGAGAGGAAGAUAAAGGAGAAUCAGGAGAUGAAUCAGGUGAAGGCAGUGGAGAAGAUGAAAAUGAAGUUGGUGAUGAUGUAGGGGUGGAUCAAGGAGGAGACAAAGACAGUAAUGGAGGGCAUGGAGAAGUUGAUAAAGAAGGAGGGGAUAAAGGAGGGGAUAAAGGAGGGGAUAAAGGAGGAGAUAAAGGAGAGGAUAAAGGAGAGGAUAAAGGAGAGGAUAAAGGAGAGGAUAAAGGAGGGGAUAAAGGAGUGGAUAAAGGAGUGGAUAAAGGAGUGGAUAAAGGAGGGGAUAAAGGAGGGGAUAAAGGAGGGGAUAAAGGAGGGGAUAAAGGAGGGGAUAAAGGAGAGGAUAAAGGAGAGGAUAAAGGAGAGGAUAAAGGAGGGGAUAAAGGAGGGGAUAAAGGAGGGGAUAAAGGAGAUGAUAAAGGAGGAGAUAAAGGAGAGGAUAAAGGAGAGGAUAAAGGAGGGGAUAAAGGAGGGGAUAAAGGAGGGGAUAAAGGAGGGGAUAAAGGAGGGGAUAAAGGAGGGAAUAAAGGAGGGGAUAAAGGAGAGGAUAAAGGAGGGGAUAAAGGAGGGGAUAAAGGAGGGGAUAAAGGAGAGGAUAAAGGAGGAGAUAAAGGAGAGGAUAAAGGAGAGGAUAAAGGAGGGGAUAAAGGAGAGGAUAAAGGAGGGGAUAAAGGAGGGGAUAAAGGAGGGGAUAAAGGAGGAGAUAAAGGAGGAGAUAAAGGAGAGGAUAAAGGAGAGGAUAAAGGAGAGGAUAAAGGAGGGGAUAAAGGAGGGGAUAAAGGAGGGGAUAAAGGAGGGGAUAAAGGAGGGGAUAAAGGAGAGGAUAAAGGAGAGGAUAAAGGAGGGGAUAAAGGAGGUAAAGAGGGGAAUGAAACAGGAAAUGUAACGAGAGGUGGAGGAGAUAAAGAGGGGGGUGAAGUGGGACAUGCAGGAGAACAUGAAAAGGGAGGUGGAGAGGGAGGUGAAGUAGAUAAAGGAGAAUCUGGAGGUACAGAUACAGGAAAUGAAGAGGAACAUGGAACAGGAAAUGAAGAUGAACAUGGAACAGGACAUGAAGAUGAACAUGGAACAGGACAUGAAGAUGAACAUGGAACAGGACAUGAAGAUGAAGAUGGAACAGGACAUGAAGAUGAAGAUGGAACAGGACAUGAAGAUGAAGAUGGAACAGGACAUGAAGAUGAAGAUGGAACAGGACAUGAAGAUGAAGAUGGAACAGGAAAUGAAGAUGAAGAUGGAACAGGAAAUGAAGGUGAAGAUGGAACAGGAAAUGAAGGUGAAGAUGGAACAGGAAAUGAAGAUGAAGAUGGAGAAGGAAAUGAAGGAGGAGAUGGAGAAGAGGAAGGAGAAGGAGAUGACGAAUAUGGAUAUGAAAAUACAUCCAAUAGUGGAGGCCAUGGAGGAAUCUAUGGAGGAGCCAAUGAAGGAGGCCAUGGAGGAGGCCAUGGAGGAGGCCAUGGAGGAGGCCAUGGAGGAGGCUAUGGAGGAGGUAAUUAA